UCACCCGUCCGUCAUAUUUUUCCAUGAAUAAUAGUAUCUUACGUAUAAAUAAAAACAGUGCUUUGUUAUGUGUUUUUAAUAAUAUCACCAAAUUGGUUUUAAUUUAGGUAGUUAGUAGUUAUAGAAAAUGGCAGACUUUGACGCAAUAUACCCAGAUGAAACUGAAAGUGAAGAGAAUAUAGAAGAGACACAUGUGACGUUAGUCCCUGAUCCCAUUGUCGUCCGAGGAGCUGGUAACAUGACAGUUUUUGGUUUAAGUAACCGUUUCAACACUGAGUUCCCUUCGGGUUUACAAUCACGUGUGGCUCCUGAAGAAUAUCAGGCAACAGUGGCCCGCAUUAAUAGUGUGCUAAAGAAGACUCUCCCUGUAAAUGUCAAGUGGUUAUUCUGUGGCUGUGUAUGUUGCUGCUGUACCCUAGGAUGCUCUCUUUGGCCUGUUAUAUGUCUAAGUAAAAGGACACAACACUCCUUGAAUAAACUUCUAGAAUGGGAGAACAGUCGACUAUACAAUAAGCUCGGUCUCCGUUGGCGUCUCACGAAGCAGCACUGUGACUCCUCUUCUAUGAUGGAAUAUGUACUCCUUAUAGAAUUCAUACCCAAAAUACCAAUAUACAGACCGGACUAAAUUUACAGAAAACUACUGUUACCAUAGGAUUAGUGUUUGUAUAUAUAAAUAAUUAUGGAAAUUAAUACUUGAUAACAAUGCGUCAUCGCAUUGUAGUCAAGAUCUUGUCUACAUACAUGCGGAGUGUUAUUAUGUAGAUGUGUAACUUGUGCAAUACGCUUUUUAGCUUAUUUAAAGAUAUACCGUAUUUUUUUAACCUUAUGUUCUAUGAGAAGGUAUAAUUAAAAAUUCAUUAUUAUACAUACAUGAAAUUGUUUUAUAACAUUGUUGUCAUAUUAUACUUUGUAGUGCUAACAUCUUAAUGAUUUGUAUCUGAAAUUAUGAACAGUUCUAAAGUAAACAGACUUGUUUGGAACAGAAUUUUAAAAUAAGGAUAUUGAUGAAAUUACAGUGUGCUAAAAAAAAUAAAAUUUUAUGACAUGUAGUUAUUACAAAACUGUUUUAUGUAAAUAGUAUAAAAAUAUAUAUCGUGAAUGUAUUGAAAUGGACAAAUAAGCGGUACCCAUAUUAUAUUGUUAAUUGCUUUAUAUGUAUAUAAGUAGAUGUUAUAUAAAAAACGCAAGCUUAUCUAUUGAAAAUACAAAUUUUAAACUUAUUGUGUAAAAUAUCUAUAAGAUUUCAUAUAGAGGUCGUUGUUGCAUUCUUGAAUUACACAAGGAUGAGACAACUAAGCAUAUAACACGCAAAUGACGUGCAAAUAAAGAUGAGCCGCAUUACUUUUUUUAGAGCUACUAUAAACUGUAAACAAUAUGAAAUAUCGCCACUUAUAAAAAGAACGACUUGUCGACAUUGCUUCAGAUACGUGUUUUAUAUCUGAUAGUUUAUGUUAACAUGCUUAACAUGCUAUACUUAAAUAAUUACAGUUCCUAAUAAAGUGUUAAUUUUUAAGAUACAAAAUAUGCUAUAGGUAUGGGGUAAAACAUACCUCUACCCUUACUGAUAUCAUUGACGGUUUUUAAAUCUAACCCUCAACAUUUUUUAAAGAUAGCCACCCAACACUGAUGUAUAAAUCGUCCACGUACUUUUUACAUUUAUUGAGACAGAAUUUCUGUGUCUGACAUAUCCCCUAUAAUUUCGUCUUCUGCGUAUAAAAAAACAGACUAACACAGUUUAUCCGUAUCCUGUAAUGAUUACAAAAGCUUUGUAUAUUUUAUAAACGUAAAAUAAUAUGAAUUUUAGAAAGAGAAGAUAAAUAUCUAGUUAUUUUCUAUUAUUAUUAUAUUAUUAUUUUAUUAUUAUCAAGUGUUGGGUUAUAUAAAAACGAAUUAUGUUUUUAGGUCGCGGCAACAAAACUUAAGUCUGUUAAUAUUACCGUACGACAUGCAUUUACCUUGCCGUAAACAUUUUGCUUUACUGUAUCGUGAUAGUAAACUCAGUAAAUUUAGAUAUGAUAUCCUAUCAUGUGUUACGAUAAAAUGUUGUACCCCCGGUUUUAUGUAAGGGACAAAUCUUAGAUUUAAAUACCGCUCAAAUAAUCAUGUGUAUUUGUUGUAUAAAUCGAUUUUAUUUGUUGUAAAUAACCUAUAAGUAAUAGGGACGCAGGGUGACUGGUAGACAUUAUUGAGAUUGCAUAAGCAUUGUACUGCAUAAAUAUUGCAAUUCAUAGUACAUAUUACCCUAUAAGAAACCAUUUGUAGUCGACUAUAUUUUGUAUAUAUUUCUCAGUUCAAUAUAAUUUUUUAUCCAACAAUAUUUUUGAAUCAGUCCUUAUUUCAGACUCAUUUCGAUUUGGUCCGAUUGAUUUGGUGGUUGGUUUUAAAGAAAAUUAAAUAUAAACCAUAGUUUUAUCGUUCAUAUUUAAUUUUCUUUACAUAUUUAUUUAUUAGUAUCAAAUUUUUUUCUCACCAGUCGCCCUCUAUACUGUUCCAGAAAUACUGUUUUUAAAUAGAACGUUAUCAGUACAUCUGAAAAGCAAUCAUUAGGUAUUAAUUUCAGGAAACAUCAGUCCAAUGACUAUGUAACGCUAUUGCAGUGGUUUUGUUUUUAUUUUAAACAAUUUAAAUUUUUAAUUAUUAUUAAUGAAUACUAUGACAGUGGUAGAUAAUACAAAACGAACUGUCAUAAAUUGUUGCAAUCGUUGUAAGUUUUUAUCUAUUUAUUGUAAAAAAGGUUGAAUCUUUAUUGGAAAAGCAAUACAAAAUCAAGCCCUUGGGUUAAGGUAAGUAAACAUUUACAAGCCUUUUGUUUUCAAAUGACAUCAUUUGGCCAAUUUAAGACCUGUAAGGAUCUGAUUGCUUCGCUUUUAGCUUAUUUUAUUCAGUCUCCAAAUAUGUUAUAUGGUGUAUAACAUUUAUUUUUACCUGUCAAUUAUGUUCUUAAUCCAAAUAUUGAUUGUAUAUUUUGUACCUGAAUUUCAAAGUUAGUGAACGUGAAAGGGCUUAUGAAUAAGCAAAGUUCUGGAAUCUGUGAGACUAAGCCGCCAUAUUGAAUGUUAUAAAAUUAUACAUAUGAAGGAUGAAUUCUUUAUAAACAUGCUAGGGAAAUGUUUGGGACUGUGUUAUUAGAUGAUUAGUUAAAUUAGAGGUAUUCUACAUUAGAAAAAUUACUCCCCUCUUUCCCUUUUCAACAUGUUGUAUGUGAUAUUAUUUUCUGUAAAAGCCAUUCUAGUACAUAAUAACAAUCUCAAAAAUGUUUUUAAUAAUUUGUGUCUACGUAAUUCGGAAAUGUCUUGCCAUCAACAAAUUAACAGUUUUGUUGAAUGCAACGGUUGAAAAGCGAACAGGGUAUAUCGACAUUAAGAUCUAAUAUAAGGAAUUGUAAAUAUUUUAUGUACCUAUAGAUUAUUUUGUUCAAAUAAUAAAUCUCACAUUAUGUGAAAAACC